GCAAGAGUUCCGAGUUGCCGUGGAGCUACUGCAAAGGGCGGGCUGAGCUAAGAAUAAAUAUAGAACAAGUCGGGUAGGAUUGCCGCUCCUUGUCGCACGCCUCACAGACGAUUGGCGUCCAUGUUUUCACGAAAUAAACGAGUUGCUGACAUUAUGUGAAUGUUUGGACGGGUUUUAACGGAGUUUCUCAUCUGACAUCAAAUUUAGUGACGAUGUGGUCGAUAAUACCAGUGCUAUGUCUAGCAGUUGGCCUUGGCGGUGUUCAUGGUCAGUUACCGCUUUGUGAUGAGGCCCCCUUAGUGGCGAACAUCGGAUACAGAUACAGCACCAGGGAAUGUGGACACUACCUGCAGUGUCACAAGCAGCCAUCUUCUCAGGGGACUGGCACCAUCGUGGUGUCCAGGAUGUGUCCACAUGGCUAUUACUGGAACCAGGACCUCGUAGGGUGCAGACAGAGCUCACAGGUCACUUGUCCUCUUGAGAAAUGUAACAACAUCAACGCCAGACACUUCAAGAUGGAAGGAAGCAGCUGUCGUGCCUACUGGCAGUGUAGUUCGUUCCGUAGCACCCCCGCAUGCUGUGAUCCUGGAUUUCGUUAUGUCCCAGAGCAAGGCUGUAUUGGGGAUCUGUCAUGCAUGGACCCAUGUCCAGGGUCAUGCGGAAGCAAUGACAUAUGCCGCUCCACACCCGACUGGAACAGACCCGACUACUACUUCCACUACGAGCUAGAAAGGGGCACCUGGAACAGAUACGAACGCAAAUGCCCAUCGCUGGAGGUUUUCGAUGUUAUUGAGUGUGGUUGCAUUGCUCCAGUGCGCGCAGGUUGCACUUCUGUGUUCUCGAUAAAUUUUUCGUUUAAUUCUACUGACGACAUUUCGAGGUCGGUUACCUCAGGAGUUACGGUCAACCAAGGCCUUGGACAAUUCAGUGACGGUAGCACCCUCCUCAUCAACAGCGCCUUGCCGACGCCAACAUUUGACCGUCCUCUUCUCCUUAAAUUCCGCUUCAAUGAGACGGUCGGGAGGACUGGGCGACGAAACCUCAUCCAAAUCCAGGACAACAUCCAGUGCAACGCUCUCACAGUAGACCUCAACCAAGAAGCCAUUGAAAUUUCUCUCACCCAUAUGGACAAAACAGAAGCCAAUCUAAUUCUUUCAACUAGGCGUUUCACUGGAUUCAUUGACGUGGUUGUGAUGUACACAGGCCGGGAGAUCUCCGCUGUCGCCCGAGCUGGAAACAACAUGCACUUGAACCGAGUCAGCGCUCCAGCAUACCGGGUGAUGAAUAGCCUUAGGGUGGCAUCCAGCUCUGUUUAUCCAUUCUCCGGAUUCUUUGACGAUGUCUCUCUCUACAACUGUCAUCCAAAGGGGCGACUCGUCGAUCUGCUGGACUUCGUCUGAAGAGCCUUUCAAAAUGCAUUCGUUAUUUCCCUUGCCACACGCCGUACAAAAAUGCUGGACAUAUUUAACAAAUCACGAACAAAAGCUGCUCAUCACCAUUUCAAUACUCACGAUUAAGUGCUUUGUAGCCGUUUUUCUGUUGUUCUUUGUACAUAGUGUAUAACUUAGUGAUAUUUUACAAUUUUGCCAUAGAUCGUGUCCAGGAAACAUAUAGCCAAUUAAGUGUGUAAACAUUACAUGGUGUGAUAUUAAGGAAUAGAAAAAUUAGCCUCCGUGAAAUAGAGUGAUCGAUAUUGUCAACCCUAACCACUGUUCAGGUUCUUUAUAUUAAUCGUCCCAUUGUCUUUUUUAUGUCUUUUCGUUAAAAUGCUGUAUAUAAUUCCUGAAUAAAAAAAAAAUUAGAUAA